AAAUUAAGCGAGUGAACGGCACUAAAUGCUUAGGCUAUGUAGGCUACCUCUGGUCGGAUGAAUGUCGGAUGUAACGAGGUUAACCGUUAGUCGGUUAGGCGUGCGUUAAGUAGGCUAACGGAGACGGCUGGGUCGUAACAUAACAUCAAAUGAACGUGUAGCCUACACUCGUUGUAAAAUACGCAUGAAACUUAAUAUGACGUUAUUUAAAAAUGUGGGGGCGCUCAAAUCCUUCCACAAAAUUCGGAAGCGAACAAAAAUCCGCGUUUGUCGUGCGUGAUGUGUCAAGCGAGGGAGGGACUGGGAAAAGAAAUCCACUCCGAUCUUUGUUUCGAAUGUUUAAUUUAGCGUUUUAAAAAUCUUUUCGCCUUGCGUCUAUCUCGUCGAUAAGAGUAGGCUACGAUGAGAGAUGUAGCCUAGUUCGAGGGAGGGAUAAAACGACCCAAUAGCGUCUUUGGAAAAAAAUAUAUAGCUAUAUUUAAAAAUCUUGUGUUGUUGCCUACUGCUCGGUUAGCGCGUCUGUCAGUCGGAAGAGCGGAUUUUUUCCCCAAAGCUCUCUCUCUCUCUCACACACACACACACACACACACACACACCCACACCUCCCCUUACCCCCUCCCUCUCUCCGCCUUCCUCAAACAAGCAGUCAGUCUGUCAAUGUGUAGGGAGCGCUAGUCAAGUCAAAGCAGGAGGAUUUUGAGCCGGAGAGACGGAUAGGAAGAGAAUGUCUGAUUUUCAGACCAGUGUCGGAUAAGUUAGCAAAGCUGUACGGACACCGCAUGACUGAUCACAUCAGAGACUAUUUUUAAAAACACGUGUGAAUGAAUUAUGCCGAAGAGCCUUUGUAGCCUAAUAUAGCCUAUAUCCGAGCUAAGCGUUCACGGUAGGGUACAUUUUGUUUAAUUAUUUAUGUGAUCUUGCAAAAGUUCAGCUAAUGCUGUAACCUGCGAUUGGUACCUUUUUUGUUUUUCCGUUUCAUUUUCUUUUAUUUAACAAUGUGGAAAAACACAGGCUAGAAGGACAGUGACUUGAUUUUUCACUCUAAGCAAUUACAUGUUGGACGCCGAGAAAAGCCAUAGCCUACAUCGGGGGAAAAAAUAUUCGCAAAAGAGAGGACUGCAGAAACCACUGAGAGCAUCUGCCUUGUUCCAAGGAUGGAUGGCAGAAAGGAGUAGGACCUACCUUCAAUUUUAAACACUCGUGUUUGACUACACUUGCCGUUUUCUCCUCCUGGUGACAAGCGAUCGCAAAGAAAGAAAGCGGGAGGGAAUGGGAGAGCAAUCAAAUCUUCGCCGCACAAAAAACCAAGUAGCCUACAGCAGUUUGAAAAAGACAAUCCGCAACCGUCACCACAUCGCCCGAGUAAUUUUCUUAAAAUAGCAAUUAAAUUCGGGAAAACAAACCGACGUUUUCCGCGAGAGUUCUUUGUUGGGGAGUUUUCGCGCGAGCCAGUGAACAGCAUCCCUCAAAAGAAGACUGAAGACAAAUAGGCGAAGGCAAACAUGGAAUCGGCAUAGCAGGCUGUUUAUUCUGGAUGAACAUAAACUACUUUAGAAGCCUGUAAAAGGUUUGUUUUUUGCGGUGCAUAUGACUCGGUGGAGUGGAUCGACUUUUUAACAUUUGCAUAAUAGCUUUAUUUUAAUUUGUGAUCUUUUUACAUUUUUUUAUUUUUAUUUUUUGGCUUACAUCCAUGUGGUUACCCAAGACACGCUAUCUCUUCGCGCACUGAGGGAUUCACCUACUGCCUGCUUGGGGGAUUUUUAAAAAACCCCCACCUUUUUUGAAAAAAAAGAAGAAAAAAAAGAAAUCCCAUUGCGGGGGAUUUAAAAAAAAACCCAUCUUUUUUGAAAAACAAAAACAAAAACAAAAAAAAUCCCAUUGCUUUGAUGGGGUUGAAAAGACGUGGUUUUGGAAUUGAAAUGGCGUAUCGGAGCGGGCUAAAUGGAUUGGGAAUUCUGGUGGUAUUCUUAGUGGAUUUACUGGGGAUCGCGGCCACCAAUAUGGAGCCAAUCUACUGGAAUUCCUUGAACAAAAGAUUCGGGGACGACAAGGGCUACGUGCUUUACCCCCAGAUCGGGGACAGGUUGGACCUGAUCUGCCCCGCCUCCGACCCCCCGGGGCCCCGGGCCCCCCCGGAGUACGAGUACUACAAGCUGUACCUGGUGUCGUCGCGGGAGCAGGCGGACAGGUGCGAGGUGCUGGGCACGCCCAACCUGCUGCUCACCUGCGACAAGCCCACGGCCGACAUGCGCUUCACCAUCAAGUUCCAGGAGUACUCGCCCAACCUGUGGGGCCACGAGUUCAAGACCCUGCAGGACUACUACAUCAUCGCCACCUCUGAUGGGACACGCCAAGGUUUGGAGAGUAUGAGGGGAGGUGUGUGCGCCACGCAAGGAAUGAAGGUGAUUCUGAAAGUGGGACAGAAUCCCUACGGACUGCCGCCCAAACCCCCAAAACCGGACCUGAACUCAGGACGGAACAACCCCAAAAACACAGGUGGGGCCGGGAACUCCACGUACCCCCGGGGGGCAGGAGGGGGGGCGGGGGGCGGGGGCGAGAACGGGCCCCUCCCGCCCUCCAACGUGGCGGUGAUCGCGGGCGCCGCGGGCGGCUCGCUCUUCCUCCUGCUGGUGACCGCCGUCAUCUGCGUGGUGUGCUACCGGCGGCGGCACGCCAAGCACUCCGAGUCCCACCACCCGCCGCUCUCCCUCUCCUCGCUCACCAGCCCCAAGAGGGGGGGCGCCGGGGGGGUGGGGCUCGGGAUGGGGGGCGGCGGCGGCGGCGGCGGCGGCAACAACAACGGCUCGGAGCCCAGCGACAUCAUCAUCCCGCUGCGGACUUCUGACUCCGCCUACUGCCCGCACUACGAGAAGGUGAGCGGGGACUACGGACACCCCGUCUACAUCGUCCAGGAGAUGCCCCCCCAGAGCCCCGCCAACAUCUACUACAAAGUAUGAGACAGGGAGAUCGGCUGACCCCCCCCCAAAAGCCCAACCCAACCCAUCCUCCGCCAACCCCAACAGCAGCGAACCCCCCCCCCCCCUCCACUCACCCCUCACCCCUCCCUCAGCCCCCCCUGUCUGAAACCCGGAUCCUCCAGCUUGCGUCUUUCUCCACGCCGCCACCCCCAAAUCGAUCGUAGCGUGCGUCGGAACGCCUCGUCUCUCCGGUGCGGCCCGGCCGACGUGCGAAGGCCCAGCGGGUCGCAAAAUUCAAAUUCACAACCGACCAACCGACCGGCCGAAGGGGGCGAAGGAAAAGACGGGCACUCAGAGUGUGUUCUUCGUUGUUUGACUUUUUUUUUUUCUUUUCUUUUUUUUUUGAGGAUUAACAAAAUAGUGUGCGGACCUCUGUGACCUUCUUAAAAGUUGAAGUUAUCUGCUUUUUAGGUUUUAGUUUGUUUGUUUGUUUGUUUGUUUGUUUCGUUUUUUGUCGUCAGGGGCUUCGGUCCUCUUUGUGAGGAACAAACAAAAAAAAAGAAGAAAAAAAAACAAACCACAACUUACGGAGUCUGGAAUCGACCAGUUUGUCAAAGUUAUGGUUUUGGUCCAAGCCCACGUUUGGUUGGUCAAGUAUUAGUGGUGUUCAGGAUCUUGUAUAUUUUAUUAAAGUGCGAGUGAGUAGGUUAUAUUAAUUAUGAUAUUGAUCACUGCUGUUACACAGAACGUGUGUGCAGUUUGUGUGUGGUAGUGUGUGUGUGUGUGUGUGUGUGUGAGUGUGUGUAUGUGUGCGUGUUUGUGUUAGACCGUUUUAAAACCAAAAUGACACAAAAAAGUAAGUGACAAAAGUGAGAUUCCAAUUUUUUAUUGCUAUCAACACUUAUAGAUUAUAUAUAAAUAUAUAAAUAUACCGUAAAUAAUUUUUAGAUUUUUUUAUUGUUUUAUUUUUUCACUAAAUUUUUGUUGUUAGAUUUUUUUUUUUUUUUUAAUCUGUCUCUGAGUUUCCGAGAUUGUGUUUGCCGUUUCCCCUCUUCCUCUCUUGCUUUGUUAUUUAAUUUAAUUCUUUUUACCAUUUUUCUUUGCAAAUGGAAGUUGUUUUUUAUCUCUCUGCUCUCCCCACGAUGCCUCUCCCCACUGCGUGUAUUUCUAAAGCUCCUCGUACAGUGCCGUAGUUUUUGAAGUUAGACUUUGUUUGUGGCAGUGCUGAGGUAGAACAAUCUAUGAAACUUUAUAAAGAGCAAACUUUUUUUGAAGAGGGCAG